AUGGACAUUUCGUCAUUACGAACAUUGAUCAUUGACAACUAUGAUUCCUAUACUUUUAACUUAUUUCAGCUAUGGGGUGACGAAAACGGCGUCAAAAAUGUAGUUGUGAUCAGAAAUGAUCAGUUUUCUUGGACAAAGUUUAAAAACCAUGUACUUCCUCAUUUCGACAAUAUCAUAAUAUCACCAGGACCAGGUAGUCCGGAGAAUGCUUCUGAUUUUGGUAUAUGUACAAAAAUCCUUGAAUUAGAUAAUAUUCCAAUUCUAGGUGUAUGCUUAGGACAUCAAGGCAUUGGCGUCGCUUUUGGUUCUGAUGUUGUAAAUGCUAAAAGAGUAAUGCAUGGAAGGUUAAGUCCUGUUUAUCACGACGGAACGUAUGAUAACGCGUCUUUAUUCCUAGGCAUACCAAGUCCAUUUUGUGCCGUCAGGUAUCAUAGUUUGGUGGUCGAUAAUAAAGGUUUACCGCAACAAUUAAAAAUUUCAGCUUGGUGUUCCGAAGACGACGAUGAUUUUCAAGAAGGGCUUCUCGACAAUAAGCCACCUAUUAAAGAAUUGAGUACAAUUAUGGGCUUGAGGCAUUCGUCUAAACCAAUUUUUGGCGUUCAGUUUCAUCCAGAGGCAUGGUUUUCUAUUUGUACUGAAUAUGGAAAUCGAAUUCUGAGAAAUUUUCAAGAUAUAUCGCACUUAUUUUUAAAAAAGCGAGGAGUUUUGUUUCCAAGACCUACACUUCCACCGUCUAUUACGUCACUUUCAGUAGUCCCCAGAAGUGUUUAUACACCUAAACCAUCAAUCCCGAUUACUAGUCCUGGGCAUAUUCUCAUCAUAAAGGAACUUGAUAAAGAUAUUUGGGUUGAACCAUCAAUCGUCUUUAAUCGUAUUGUUUCUGCCGAUAAAUCCAUUACAGGAAAAUG